AUGAACACAGCUGCUACUGAAACCGUUCAAUUAGCCAAAGUUACCGAAGUACUCUGCCGUACUGGUUCCCGUGGUGCCGUCACUCAAGUCCGUGUUGAGUUUUUAGGUACUGCCCAAGGUAAAGAAAGAACUUUAUUAAGAAACGUUAAAGGUCCAGUCAGAAAAGACGAUAUCUUAUGUUUACUCGAAACUGAACGUGAAGCUCGUAGACUCCGUUAA